AUACUCCAUUACUUUAAUUUCAAUAGAAUUUGCUACUCAAUUUUUAGGGAAAUAAAUGAUCAAUCCGACGGCCCAAGUCCCAACUAUGAAUGUUUAGUGCAGAAUGCUACUGCCCACUCAGACAUACAUAUGUGAUUUCUCAGUAUUCAAUUUCCAAAGAGUUUGUGAUAAGGACAGCGAUUCUGGAUUUAUUUAUUAUUGGCGUUUUAUCCUUCAGCAUAUUGUUGCAGCAUAUUGGGAAUCAAAAGUUUUAUAUAUAUAUAAAUCAGUAACCCAAGGGAGUGAUAGUGAACCAACAAUAGUCUAAAGUUUCUUUUUGCUGUUUUCGUUUUCAUUUAUCAAUGGAUACACUGCUGAGUCUUCAAGCUGUGCCGGUGGCCGCCGCUAUCGGCGGACCUGCGGUGGCUAUCGGCGGAAUCACUUUGUUUUUCAUCAGAGAAUAUGUCAAGGAUCAAAGGAAAAAAUCUUCCAGCUUCCCUCCACCGCCUAAGGUACCAGGCUUACCAGUAAUUGGAAAUUUGUUGCAACUAAAAGAGAAGAAGCCCCACAAGACUUUCACCAAAUGGUCUGAGAAAUAUGGUCCAAUAUAUUCUAUAAAGACAGGCGCCAGUACCAUGAUUGUGCUCAACACUAAUGAUGUUGCCAAAGAGGCUAUGGUCACGAAAUACUCAUCUAUCUCAACUAGAAAGCUGUCAAAAGCUUUGACGAUCCUCACUUCUGAUAAAAGUAUUGUUGCCAUGAGUGAUUACAAUGAAUUUUACAAGGCAGCCAAACGCCAUUUGCUUACAAGUACUCUUGGACCUACUGCUCAGAAACGCCACCGUGUCCACAGGGAUUUAAUGAUAAAUAACAUAUGUGAUCAGUUUCUUGCUCAUGCCAAAAUGUAUCCUUCCGAAGCAGUAAACUUCAGGAAAAUAUUUCAGUCUGAGCUCUUCGGAUUAUCAAUGAAACAAGCUAUUGGAGAAGUCGUUGAAUCCAUUUAUGUGGAGGACCUAGGCACCACCUUGUCAAGACAAGAGAUGUUCAAGAUACUAGUAGUUGACCCUAUGGAAGGUGCCAUUGAUGUGGACUGGAGAGAUUUCUUCUCCUAUCUCAAGUGGAUUCCUAACCAACACUUCGAAAACAAGAUUCAGCAGAUGCAUUUCCGCAGGGAGGCAGUCAUGAAGGCCCUCAUCGAGCAGCAGAAAAAACGUAUUGCUUCUGGCAAGGCAAUCAACUGUUAUCUAGAUCAUCUGUUAUCCGAAGCUGCAGACACAUUAUCGGAGCAGCAAAUACUGAUGCUUCUAUGGGAAGCCAUCAUCGAAGCAUCGGACACGACGUUAGUGACCACGGAAUGGGCCAUGUAUGAGCUUUCUAAAGAUCAAAAUAGACAGAACUAUCUGUUGUCGGAAAUCCAAAAUGCCUGCGGAUUCGACCAACUCAAGGAGGAAAAGCUAUGCCGGCUACCAUACUUGGCCGCAGUUUUCCACGAAACACUGCGAAAGCACAGCCCCGUCCCGGUAGUCCCGCUGCGGUACGUGCACGAAGAAACGCAGUUAGGAGGGUAUACCAUUCCCGAAGGCAGCGAGAUAGCUAUAAACAUAUAUGGAUGUAACAUGGACAAGAAUGUGUGGGAUAGCCCUGAAGAGUGGAGGCCAGAAAGGUUUGUCUCCGGUAAGGAUGAUACGACGGAGCUGCACAAGACGAUGGCAUUCGGCGGGGGGAAGAGAGUAUGUGCUGGAGCUCUUCAAGCCAUGACAAUCUCUUGUAUAGCAAUUGGUAGAUUGGUGCAAGAGUUGGAGUGGCGACUCGGUGAUGGAGAAGAAGCAAAUGUAGACACUUUGGGGCUAACUACUCAUAAGCUUCAUCCUUUGCAAACAAUCAUAAAGCCACGACUCAGGGAUCGUGUGUGUGUCUCAUAGAUUCGGAUCGGAUGAACUUUGUUUGCAGUUAUUUUUCCUAUUUUCUGAAAGUUUGUCGAACUCUUUUGUGCUAUUGCAUGGGAAAUUGUGUAGUCUUUUACUGGACCACACCAUCCCAUAUUCUCAUCUUA